AUGUUCAAGAAACCUCUAGCUCACCAAUCGAACGCAACACCUUUACGGUCUUCGGCGAGACGACAGCUCCUCAAUGCGAUAUACGAACAGUACCCUUCCUUGCGAGGGGAGAGCCAAGCGCAAGAUGGAAGUGCAGAUAAAGAGUUGGGCAGGAUGAUACUACCUGAAGGAGUGAGGAUAGCUACUUUCGAGACCAGCGUUGGUACAGAAGGGACUUUUUGGUUGACGCCCGAUGGUGAUCCUUUAUGGAUGACAUUCGGACGUAGCUCCAAGGAGUACAUUCCUACAUUAUACCUCCUAUCCCUCUCUUUACCGUCUCCACCCUUAGCUACCAUCCAAAUACAUAAUCCACUUCCCCCACCCAUCCUAACAGGUGCACCACUGUUCAUCCCCGCCGUCCGUAAUUUAUCGAAACCAUGGUUACUAUCCGACGUCCAAGAAGGUCAACUGGUAACGUUCGUCUCUUCGCCUUCGAACGGCAUCGAAGAUGUACGGUACGUCGGUGUAGGGAGGGUAGUAGCUAAAGGAGGUAUGAAAGGUGCUUUGGAGAGGAGGAUCGAUAAUCUUCAGAAUGAGGGGGGUGAAAAAGAAGAAGGGAAGUUUGCGGAUAUACUAUGUAUAAUCGAAGAUCACCUUUGGGAAUUAGGCAGUAAACCCUCUUUGUCUCCUUUCAGCUUGCCUAUACCUAUCAAUCCACUGGAUCAACCACCUGAUCAAGCAUCUUCACCUGUACUCUCUGAGACAGCGAUCCAGCAGUUGUCAAUCACAGAUGAAAAUCCACAGCCCGAAUAUAUUCCUGGUCCGUCAUCGAUCUCAUCAUCAUCCUCCGAACCACUUUCAUCCUCCGAAAUAUCAACUUUACUAUCCAUAUCCUUACUUCAAGCUUUGAAAUCUUUGCAAGGAAGUUCAUUCCCCCUCCCAGCAUCCUUACUAUACUCCGCACACGUUCUACCUAAUCGACCGUCGUAUAUCCCGAAAGAGAGAAGGGAAGAAGUGGUGAUUGCCAAGAGCGAUUGGAAGAAACUGACCAAGUGGAUGAAAGAAUUAGGUAAAGAUGGGUUGCUGAAGAUCAAAGAGACUAAAGGGGAAGUGAUCGUUCAGAGCUUCGAUUCCAAUCAUCCUUCGUUACAGAGUCACUCUGAAUUCACUACGAUAGCUCAAGAAGAGCAAAAAGCAGCCAAGAAAGCUGCUAGAGAAGCUGCCUCCAAUCCAGAUGGAGAACCGAGCAACAAAAUCAAUGCCCAAACGAGUGGUACGAGUGGUGGUGGUGUAGGUAAGGGCAAAGGGAAGGAAUUGGAAAUUGAGGAAUUGUGGAAACCUUCUGGAGGGGCUAUAGGUUUCUGGGAAGCAGCCGGAGUGGACAAAUCCACACUUCAUCAUCCAUCAGAAUUGAAAACGGCGUUAGAUUCAUACUUGACUAAACAUUCUCUGAUUCAUCCGAGUGACCAUCGGUAUGUCCUCCUAGACGAUGAACUGGGAAGAGCAGUAGGCAUCAAGCCACCUGAACCAGGGGAUAAGAUGGCUAGAGAUGAGGUUAUGAAGAAAUUGAAAAGUGGGGUAAGUUGGAGUGUGAGCCUGGGAGGAGUCAUCAAAAAAGGUACUCUUCAACCUAUCACAAUGACAGUGAAAACUCGACAAGGUCGAAAGACAGUCACUCACGUAUAUGGACUGGAAACGUUCAAUAUCGAUCCUGAUGGUUUCGCGGAGGAGAUGAGAAAGGUCUGUGCAGGAAGUGCCUCUAUCCAACCUUUACCAGGCGCGUCACCUAAAUUGAAUCUCCAAGAAGUUCAGAUCCAAGGUUCUCAAGUGAAAUUGAUCACCGAAGCGUUGGUAGGUAGAGGUAUACCGAAAAGGUGGAUAAAGGAAAGUGAAGAUUCAAAGAAGAAGAAAUGA